AGAUCCUUAAUGAGAUGACUGACCUGCUGUUAAAUUAUGCUCUUAAAUUUCCUGUAGAUGCUAUGCCGCCCUGCUUCUGCGGAAGCAGCGGGGCAGUGAGUAGUGAAGCAGUGAACCUCCUCCCCCCCACCAGACCAGCCAGUCAGCCCAGCAGCAGCCUCUGUAGCCUCAACACAGCAGCCCGUCUAUGGGACACUGAGGACUUCAUCUGGACGCAGAGCGCGCACUGGUUUAUACCCCCCAUCUUUGUAUAUUUUAUCGGUUUGAUUAUUGCUCUUGUUAUCAUUAUUAUUAUUUAAUUUUCGCCCAGAGGAACUUUUUUGGAUCGUCUUUUCAUUCAGAAACUUUCACCUAUGGUUCGCGAAUAUGGGGUCAAGUUGUGGUUUCUCUCGGGGAAACAACGUCGCGCUGUUUCUGCUGCUGCUGCUGGAAGGAGCGACGUGUCUGUACUUCCCUCAGAAGGAGUACAUUGAGACUGUAUAUGUUGGCCAGCAGGCCGGGACACCCAUCCUCCAGGUCCACGCCAUGCGGGACGAUAAAACUGAGAAGCCACACUUCUACCUGUGCCCAACAAAGACUGCCACGCCUCCACACUACAGCUCCUGGUUCUACAUGAACAUCAACACCGGGACACUAUUCUUGAACAAAACCCUGGAGGAGAGCGACUUUGCCCAGCUAUAUCAAAGGUCGUGGUCUGUGAGAAAGUUAUUCCUGAAUGCCAUGGUGCGAUCUGAGUUCACCAACAAGCCCUUUUGCCUCAUGCGGAAACCUGUGCAGAUCACCUUGGACUUUGUCAAUGCCACAUUGCCUCAGUGUGCUCAGACAGAUACGAAGGAACUCUGCUUCCCACACAGAGAUACGUCCAACCCACACAUCAUGGAAAACAGGUUCCCAGGAGCCCUGCGGCAGCUACAGCGUCUCACCAGACUCAAUGUCUGCCCAAACUACACCAUCUCUUACAGUGUGGAAUCAGACCCUCCGGGACCUUUUGCUGUAAACGACAACAAAGAGCUGGUGGUAAACGCUCAGCUGGACCGCGAGGAGAGCGAAUGCUACAGACUCCUGCUGGUUUGUAACGUCCAGUCAGAAACCACCAUCAUCAAGGUGGAAACGACGCUGAAUGUUUUUGUCAAUGAUGAGGAUGAUAACGCGCCAUAUGUGAACGGAACAGACUCGGCAGACGUAGUCAUCAGCUAUAAUCGGACGAAGGGUGGAACUUUUGGCUCCUUGUAUGUCUUUGACAGAGAUCUAACCCCGAUCUUAGGCGACAACCACAAUAAGUAUGUGGGGACUUGGCUCAACACUGACCCAUGGAUAAAGGAAACAUUUGACAUAAAAAACUCCUUCACUGAAAAAAAAGCCAAAGGCAUUCGAGAGACUGUGCACAACUACCAGCUGGUCCUGAAGAGGAACCUGCACGUGACAGAGAAUCGCACCCUGCAACUCGACUACCUGGUCAAUGACACCACCUAUCCCGGUCUAGAGGGAACAGUGUUGCUGCACUUCAAUGUCACCAUCUUACCCGUCCAAAUCCACUUCCCCAACGUCACACAUAUAUUCACAGUCUCACGCAGAGCUUCUCCUUAUGCACAGGUUGGCAAAAUCUGUGUGGAAAACUGCCAGCAGUUCGAUGGCUUCAGUGUCAUAUACCGACUUGAGGUGCCAGAUAAGAACAUGUCUGCUGACUCACAGGCCUGCUACACAGCCAUAAGCAUCACCCAAUCCCCAAACUGGAAGUGGGGACAUCUGUAUGUGAAUGACUCUGAGGCACUGCGCAAACCCGAGUGCCAGGACUUGCAGUACCUUGUUGUUGCUCAGGAGGGAAACGAACAGCUGGAGGCGAGCACUCAGAUCCACAUCAAAAUAGAUGGCACAGCAAUCAAAGCUGGUCAGAAGAGCCAGCAGGUCCUGUCCUGUGCAGAGAACAGGCAGCGAACAGAUUGUGAGUCUACCCAAGGCCUGGGGGCAACAACCGGCAGAUGCCAGUGGAGGCAGGGCACUGAGAAAGGAAUAACUGAAAAUUAUUCAACAUGCUCCCCUGACCUGCAGACAUGCCCAGAUAGUGUUUGUGAUGCAGUGGAAAGUAAAGAUCCUUCAAUCUGCCCGCAAGACUGCACAAAGGAGCCCGUUAUUGGAGGCCAUGAACGAGGCUUGAGUGGGAACGGGAUUAAGGCCUGCUAUGGAACCUGCUACUGCUUCACAGAAAGAUGCUUCUGUGAGAAGGAUGACAUUGAGCAGACGCUAUGUGAUGAAAUGUGUAAGACCGUCAUUGCCACAGCUCUUCUCCUCUCCUUCAUCGUGUCCAUCCUCCUGUCCUCAUACUUCAUCCGCCGAUACCACAAGAACUCGCCAAAGCCCCCGAUAGCAUCUGCUGAGAUGACUUUCCGUCGGCCAGCUCAAGCCUAUCCCAUUAGCUUCCCUGCCAACAAUGUCCGCCGGGGCUCGCAGGAAUCGAUUGAGACCGAAACCUUUAAAAUACCUGAGGAUCCAAAGUGGGAGUUUCCUCGUAAAAACCUUGUGCUUGGCAAGACGCUGGGAGAAGGAGAGUUUGGGAAAGUUGUCAAGGCAACAGCAUUCAGGCUGAAAGGAAAAGCUGGAUACACCACUGUGGCUGUGAAAAUGCUUAAAGAAAACGCCUCGCACAGCGAGCUGCGUGACCUGCUGUCAGAAUUCACUCUGCUGAAGCAAGUCAACCACCCGCACGUCAUAAAGAUGUACGGAGCUUGCAGCCAGGAUGGUCCAUUGUAUCUCAUCGUCGAGUAUGCCAAGUAUGGGUCACUCCGUAAUUUCCUUCGUGAGAGUCGGAAAGUUGGCCCGAGCUAUAUGGGCAGGGAUGCCAACCGAAACUCAAGCUACCUGGAGAACCCAGACGACAGGGCUCUCACCAUGGGUGACCUGAUCUCCUUUGCCUGGCAGAUUUCCAGAGGCAUGCAGUACCUGGCAGAAAUGAAGCUUGUCCACAGGGACCUUGCAGCACGAAAUGUCCUUGUUGCUGAAGGGCGGAAGAUGAAGAUCUCUGACUUUGGCCUGUCCAGAGACGUGUAUGAAGAGGACUCAUAUGUUAAAAGAAGCAAGGGCCGUAUACCGGUUAAGUGGAUGGCAAUAGAGUCUUUGUUUGACCACAUUUACACAACACAAAGUGACGUCUGGUCCUUCGGUGUGCUGCUGUGGGAGAUUGUCACUCUGGGAGGAAAUCCAUACCCAGGUAUCGCUCCCGAGCGCCUAUUUAACCUCCUCAAGACUGGCUACAGGAUGGAGAGACCAGAGAACUGCACGGAGGAAAUGUAUAACCUCAUGCUCCGAUGCUGGAAGCAAGAACCGGACAAGAGGCAGACAUUUGCAGACAUCAGCAAAGAACUGGAGAAGAUGAUGGUGAAAAGUCGGGAUUACCUGGAUCUGGCGGCGUCCACUCCAGCCGAUGCCCUGCUGUACGACGACGCCCUCUCUGAAGAGGACACACCACUAGUGGACUGUAAUAACGCCCCUCUCCCUCGAACCCUCCCCUCCACAUGGAUUGAAAACAAGCUCUAUGGCAUGUCAUACCCCAACUGGCCCGAGACGAGCCCGGUACUGCUCAACAGACAUGAUGCCACUAAUCCGGUCUUUACAAGAUAUGCCAAUGAUAGUGUUUAUGCAAACUGGAUGGCUUUGCCUUCACCCGCAAAAGCUGUGGACAAGCUUGAUAGCUAAAGACAGACCGACCCUGUAGAAAAGACGACUAAGUGGUAUAGAUGUGUAUAUUUCUGUAAGACUGUACAUAAACGAUCUGAUGCUAAAGUUGGUUCCCUUUUAUUUCUGUUGCACGGGUAAGCAACCUUUCCGACUGGGGUCUUUUUGCUGCGAAACCAGCUGGACCAACAUAGACCAUGCUUCACUCAGCUCUUCAGUAUGUUAAUUAUUAUUACCUCACUGGUUAUGUCGGCCAAACUGUAUCACUGCAUGACUAUUGUACCAGAUUGUAUGUCAGUGUCAAUGUCUUUUAAGUGCCUGUGCUGCUUCUACAAUAGCUUCCAAAUGUUCAUGUGUGACUUUGAAGUUUCAAGCCCAGGAAUUAAAGGGGACGCCUUUACCAUCACCUGUUGUAGAAAGCUGGGAUUGAGUGGACAAAAAUGAAAUGCUGAACUUAUUCUGAAAAUUUAAAAAAUAAAAUAAAAAGUUUCUACUUUAGAGGAUUGUGCUCCUCAAAAUGUCAAAGACCCUUUAUUUUGUGUUUCUCCCGCGAGAUGUCUUGAAACUGGUCUCACCAAAGAAAAGUAAAGCAGACAUGUUCAGUGAAUGGGUUUUUCUUACUUUUGCUCUUGUUUUUUCACAUUGAAAACAUCAUCUUUUGAAUGCCACUCCAGUGAAAGGACACGAGGAUUAAUGUAGACUUAAUGUUAUAGCUCACAUUGUCCUUCACUGUAAUGGCAGCCUUUGUGGAAAAAUAUGAUUCUGUAAACCAACUCGUGUCCUUGCUGUUAUGUUGUUAUUAUUUGUUAUGUUCCAGUUAUUAAUAAAUAUUUAAAAAAUG